AUGCAGCCUCCGUCGAACCUCGAAGAUAUACCAGUCGCCGUCCAUGAUGCUUCUUCCUUGAUUCUCGCCCAUUCUUCAACAGUUCUAGAGAUGGCCACUUCAGUAAUCGCCUCGGCCGCCUCCAUGGCUUCUUCCACAGCCGCAUCCGCAACCUUCAUCGCGUCCGGACCACCUCAGUCAUACGACGAAGACGAUUCCAACGGGGAGUGCUCGUUGCUGGGCUCCUUCGCGCUACUUGUGCAAGGCGCACUUGGUGCUCUGGCUCUACUCUCCCUCGUCUACAAGCGGUGGCGGGAACGGCCUCAACGACCUCUCAAGAUUUGGUUCUUCGACGUGUCGAAACAGGUUUUCGGUUCUGUCCUUGUUCAUAUCGCAAAUAUCUUCAUGUCCAUGUUGACGAGCGGCCGAUUCUCGGUCCAGACCACUCUCGGUAUCCCUAUACUCAUCAUCCUCCUCAAGAUCCUCACAGGUCUCGUUCGUUUCACACCCGUCGGUCAACCCCCGGAAUCUGUUCAGUCUGGCAACUACGGUACCCCACCCAAUGUAUGGUGGUGGUUGAAACAAUCAGUCAUUUAUUUCUGUGGCCUUUUUGGCAUGAAGAUCUGCGUGCUCAUCAUCUUCAUCAUGAUGCCUUGGAUCUCAAAAGCUGGCGAUUGGGCUCUUGGCUGGACCGAGGGCAAUGAGAAGCUUCAGAUCGCGUUUGUCAUGAUGAUCUUUCCCCUCAUCAUGAACGCCCUCCAAUACUAUAUCAUCGACUCGUUCAUCAAGCUCAAAGAGACCAACCACGAAACCCAUGGUAACGAAUCUGAUGAUGAAGGCCGCCGCAGGAGAUACGACGACAGUGAAGACGAGACUUCACGUGCCAGACUUGUCGAUUCGGAGCACGAGACCGACAGUGAGUCCGAUGACGAUGAUGAUAAGCCUGUCACGCGGCCCACUCAUUCCACGCAACCCAAUGGCAGAGACUCUGGAGAGUAUGAUCCAGAGCGCGACGGUGACGAUCGAACAAUCAUAGGAAGUAGUGCGAGCGCCCGUGGUCCUCAGGACAAGGUUCCCCAAGAGCUAUACCCCAAGGAGUAG